AUGGACGCGAGCAACUCCACUGCCAACCAUGUCGAUGCCACACUGCACGCCGUCGGCCUUGACCGGCGCAGCGGAUACUUCAUCCUCAUCAUGCUGGCCAUGUCCCUGGUUACGUGCCUCCUCGGCACGGCGAUCCUCAGGCUUGCUACCUGCCGAAGCCGUUUGCGGAUGAAGCGGGAGCAAAGGAAAGAGGAGGAAAGAGCAAGGGCAUUGUCUACCCAGUUUGGGGUAGCAGUGCAAGCAACGGAUCAGUUGAAACGUCAGCCUUCAUAUCGAGAACCGCCACACCCCGAGGCGGUGUCAACCCGCAGACGCGGGUUGCAGGUCACGACGGUGUUUGGCUUCACCGCUGCAUUCUGCUUUGCGGCGACAGUCACCGGCAUUCUUGAUGACAGCCUGACCAAGGAGACAGGCCUUUCGUGGGAAUCCUACACGCUCCUGCUUUGCGCGGGCUGCUCGUGGAUGUUGCUGCAGGCCGUUGUGCUGGCAGUGACACUGCAAACAGGCCGAGGAUACUCAAUCACCGCCUUUGCUGAGGCCAUGUUUACCGGCCUCUGCCCCUUCGUAUCAGACUCCUUCGACUCGUUGAAGGACAUCAUCUUCGGAGGUCUUUGCCUGCAGUCGGCACAUGUCGGGCUGCAUGUUGUAGGCUGGGCUAGCUGGGUGUAUCUGCUCGCCUUCCACGUUUACUUGAUUUGUUGCCGUAGCAUAUGCCUCUCAGACAUGGUGGCCAGCCACUUGUCAGUGUUCGCCAUUUCAACAACUGCUCUGGAUUCGGACUUGGACCUCGCUAAGGAAACUGAUGUGGCUGAAAGGGUGAGGCCUAGCAGGCCUGGCAGGUGGGAGAGCUUAGUGGCGCUGCUCGCGAAGCAAUUGAGUCCCACGAGGCGGGAGAUGUUGCUCGUGGAAAACGUGCCCCAGGCCGGGCUGGCCAUCAUUUACUUGGCCGUAGAGGGCGGCAGUUUGGUGGUGGGACUCCUGAAUCUGGCCGUCCCUACCAUGCAGGUGCUGUCAUCGCUUCUGCUGUAUGGCCGGCUCCAAACGCAUUUGUCACGUUGGUACGCCUCGCGGCUUGAUGCGGCCGCGGAGGAUGGAGACCAGGCCCUGGCACAUCGAGUGCUUGGAGAGCUCCGAUUCGCCCACCCGAUCUUCUUGGACACGAUUGCAUCGCAAAGUCGGUUUGUCAACGGGGGUGGAGACCACCUUUCUUUGGUGUGUGGAGACAGGAUAUACCAGCUUUGCCAGGGUUUUUUGUUUGUUCGCUCCAUUCCCUUAAAUAUGCCAGUUACGGAGUAG